AUGGCGGCUCUAAGUAGUAGUACAUCGUGUACCUUUCCCGGCGGUGGUGAAUUUUCGUUCAACAUCGCUACUGACAAUGUGGAAGUAGCACAAGACGUGCUCAAAACUGUGCAAGUAGUGGGCAAAGCUGUAGUUACACUAGGUGCACUUUACUUUGGUUAUAAAUUAUUAAAACCAGUAAUCGAGAGUGCGGUUACAAGAGGUCUUGGUGGUGAACGAGAUGAUCAAGACGUUCGAGGUAUCCGACCAGGAUCUUUGCGUGUUCAAUUAUAUUGUUCUACAGACCAAAGAUUUCUGGAAGUCUUGGCAGAUUAUAAAUCUGGAAGGAUGAAAGAACGCUUGCACAAAGAAUUUUUGCAGGUUGGAAUUAAAGUAAAAGGACUAAAGAUGGAGAUUGAAAAUAUGGUAUAA